AUGUCGGCAUCCAUGUUCGGUCACCCACAUGUUAAUCCAACCAAUGACUUCAUUUUUUAUGCCGAAGAGGUUUCAACUGUCGCUGACGGACAUGCCAGCAAAAUACCUCGUGAUCUGCGUUCGCCGGAAAUGCGUCAGUUGGGAAUACAAAGUGAAGGUGCAUGCAAGGAACAACGAUUCUCAAAACUGACCUCUGAUUCGCUGGGGCCCACCGAAUUUAACCCGAAAUGUGGCCAAACUGCAGUGGAUUUGACAAAGUUGGCUGGAGCGUGGACAGUGCCCGAAAAAGCACUGUCCGGGGCUGGCACUUGUGACUACACCCUAACGGGUGCAAUUCCGGAUCAAACUGCACAUGACCCGAACUGUGGCCAAACUGCAGUGGAUUUGACAAAGUUGGCUGGAGCGUGGACAGUGCCCGAAAAAGCACUGUCCGGGGCUGGCACUUGUGACUACACCCUAACGGGUGCAAGUGAGAAGAAAUACAAACUUGAAUUCACCGCAUUCACCGUGGGAACAAGUGAUCAAUGCACGAAUGAUUAUGUGCAAGGCAGUUUUGACGGUCAGUACACCGCUCAAAAAUACAAGAAAUGUGGGACCAAUGUUUCCGAACAACCGCCGGUUUCGUUGUCGAACGUGAUCAACGUGAAAAUGGUGUCUUCGGCAACCAACGCUGGUACGAACACUUUCACAGCCACUGUUAAAGAAGGUGACUGA